CACCUUGCUCGCACCCACACCCACAAUAUCGCCCGAAUUCAGUCGACAAUUCUCGACGGGGGAACCGUUGCUUUGACAAUUAGUCGAGGCUGCAGGCCUAUAUAUUCUUAGGGAUAUUGGGCGCACAGGCUUUACCCUGCACAGCACCAGUUCGCGAUGAAGACCGCUUUCCCCAACGCAUUCGACUUUCGCAAUACCAUGGCUCGGUACAAUCGACAGGCGGUCAGCAUGCCAAGCUUGCCAUUGGAGCUCGUAUGCAAUAUACUCAGCUACUUGGACUGCCUCGACCUCGUCCAAUGUCAAUAUGUUUCUCGAGUCUUCAGGAAGCUUAUCGUCGAGACUUCACUGCUCAAUUAUAUUAUCGAGCUUCACAAGAACGGCAUGGUCUCUGUAGUGUCGAAAAAGGACACGAGCACGUACGCAAGCCGACUGCAUUUACUCAGGGAACGCGAGCGGAAUUGGCGAAUGCUAGGAUGGCGCCGCCGAUGUACAAUCAAUCUCCCGCCGACUGGCUCGCUAUACGAAUUUGUGGGCGGUGUUUAUGCGAAUGGGAGAGAGGGCGAGAAUCGUGUUACUGCCUCGAUUUCCUUCCUGGAGCUCCCUUCAAUAGGGAUCCCGACUGAUGGGAAGGAAGGUACCAUUCUAGCCUCUCUACAGUCCUGGACGCACGUCAUGCCCGACUUCAAUAUUGUGGACUUUACUAUGGACCCCGUACAAGAUCUUUUGGUGUUAGUUGUCGUUGCACCACCCGAGUCCCCUCAUGUGUACGACUUGCAUAUACGAUCUUUAAAGACGAACCAACCUCACCCCAAGGCCCCUCGAUCAGUCUUCCCAUGUCUGCCGAAGCCCGGUAACCACCCUCAAGCGAUAGAGGUCGUUACAGCCGUUCGCGUACAAGUAUGCGGUGAUCUCGUGGCACUAUUGAUCAAGGAAGUCUUCGACAACUCUGGCGGUUACCUCGAGAUAUGGAACUGGCAUCAUGGGCCUGGCCAAUCCUGUAAGAUGCCACGUACACACGGCAUCGAUGAUUUCACCUUUUUGACGCACGACGUAUGCUUGAUCGUGCGGCCCACUGGACGCUUUGAAGUCUACGACUUUAUCGACCCUCGGAUACAGAGCUCUGAGCCUACCAUGCGAUAUGCGUUCGCAUUCCCGCCCCUCAGUAACGGCUAUACCUACUGGUAUAUCUCGCUGAGCAGCAACCCAACCCCGGGUUACGUCCCAACUCCAGAAGAGCACAGCAACAUGGAAGGCUUCCUUAAGGGGCACCAACAAAUACACUACCCCAACCCUGGCGAGCGCGUCCACGCCUGUUGCCUGUAUGUCUUCAACCCAGCCGACCCGGUCCUCCAAGCCGUCUCCUCAUUCGUAUUCUUCAUUAAAAUCGACUGUCUGCUGAAUCCUCCUUAUACCUGGUUUACUGACGAGCCCAUUGACGAGGAUGAUCCUCCCAUACCUUAUUAUAACCCCGAGGCAUGGAUUAAGCGACGGGAAGCAGACGGACUUCCCAUAGAGCGCUUACCGCCUCCCACCCGUCCCAUGUCCUUUUCAGAUCUCCGUGGAUUCGGCGCUCGAGCACCGUUGUCUGGGGACCCAACUCUCUCUACGAUAGACCUUCCUCUCCAAAAUCUCCCACCUGCUCCAACAUCUUCGCCUCCGAGUACCUCCCAGCCUGUUCCACCGCCGCCUUCACAGGACCUCGCUUCUUCUAGUUCCACGACCACGGCCUCUGGUUCGCAGUUUGUACCACUCUCCGCCGACAUUCUCAAUUCCAUCCCCACCUUCACUCCGCCCCAAACUCAAACCCAGACUGACACUGAAUCUGAAUCCGAAGCUUCAACUGAACCCGCAACUCCGGAACCCUUCGAUCCAAUGGCAUGUCAACCUGUCGUGUGGAAUACCUGGGGACCUCCCAACACACGGUGGUUUGAAGAAUGUCUGAGCACCGACUGGCAACACGCGAUCUACGGUAGCCGCGCGAUCGAAAGUGUCGAGAUAUCGAGGAUGGCGCAUGAACGUCCGUUCAACAUCAAUGAGUGGCCGCCUGGGAGGAGUCACCAGUUUGCAUAUGCUGGAGGGAGCAGUAUCGUUUCGGAAGCGCACGAACCUUGGGAAGGGAGCGAAGCUUCUCUCUCUUCAUCCUCGGUUGCUGCUUCUGGUUCUGGUUCUGCUCCUUCGAUGGCAACGGCAACGGCCCCUGUCACAAAUUUAUCGACUACGACUACGGCGGCCAGCGAUACGACUGGUGAAGAAGAAGGGCCGAAGCGGGAGAGGAGGUUCUUGAGGUUGAGGGAUUUCAGCACGUAUGCGCAGACGAGGACGGCUCGAAAGGAGGCCAAGGACCACCCUGUGUUACAAGGGAGAGGGAAGUGUAGAGCUGUGUGGCGCGAGCCUAAGUUGGUCAAGGAACCUUCGAGGGUGUACGUCAAGGGGGUAUUCAAGGAGGAUAUUAUGAGUGCUCUGCCAUAUGUCGAGACUGUCACAGACGAGACUUACGACGUUACGGAUGUGAUGAUGGAUGAUUGUCGGCUGUUACUGCUCCAGGAGGACGGAUAA